AUGUUUGGCGCAGGUAAUGGAGCUGGAGCUAACGGUGGGAACCAUACUAAAUUGCUUGGAAGUGCCGGUGCUGGUAGUGCAGCUGCUGGUGCAGGUGCAGCAGGUGUUGCAGGGGCUGGGGCAGGGGCUGGCAUUGGUGCUGGUGCAAUUGGUACAUUUAGAAGAUUAAGAAAUGAUACUGGUGAUUUGGAAAACCAAACGUAUGGAGCCACACCGCAAGGUGGUCGCCGCAACCAUGAGGAUGAAGGAAGCACUGCAACAACCGAUUUUGAAUACCGCGGUGUUACCAAUGCAAAUAACUUGGAUUCAGUCUUUCGUUCUUCGGGUAAUGCAACUACAGCAAAUUCGGGGACAAAUAGAAACUCCAUGAUGUUUGGUAAGUCUACACGUACUUCAUCGAUGUCUGGUGGUGAUAACUCGGCAGGUGCUUUCUACUAUGACCCACAGUCUCCCGUGCAACCCCAGACACAAGAGCAACAACAUCCAUAUGAUCCUAGACACACGAGGAUGAAUUCUUACGGCCACCCAUUGGCAAAUGCAAAUGAUUUUAAUUUUGAAGAGGAUGCACAAUCUCCAUUUGGUGAACAAACUGCUGCUUCCAAUUCUGCGCCUGUAGGUGCAACCACGGGUCCAAGUCAGGAUCGGGGUAUGGGCGCUGGUGUGGGUGUGGGUGUGGACACAGGAUCUGCAGCAGCAGCAUCAGCAGUACCUACUACCAAUACUACUGCUGGUGUUUAUCCACAACAAUCACAACAAUCACAUCAAACGCAAGGAUCAUCAAAUUAUAAUGAUAAUGCCUCUGAUGCUCCUUCCAAUGCGUCUUCUUCGGAUGAUGAGUUCCAUCCAAGUGAUUAUGACGAUGAGUCGUUUAUUCUUCCAAGUGACGAUAUGAAUCAUCCACGUUCAACGCUGAGAAGCAACAACUACAAUACCACCGACUAUGCUCUGCCUGCAAACUAUCAAUUUUACAACGAUAGUGCAACUAGUCAAGAGCAACCAUUUGGUGCUGGGACAAGCACCGAGCAAUUGAACCCACAUCUGAUUAUGCAGCAGUACGUCAUGGGUCAAGGUCCUGGUGGAAAUGGAUCUACUAAUUCUUUAUCAAGAUUCCAAGAGGAAAUCAACUAA